AUGUGAUAUUUUAGACCACUUAAUUCGCAAUGAAACUUUCAGUAGUUUAGCAAGUGAAUACGGCGUAGGCCGAUCUACAAUUUAUGACAUUAAAAAAAAGAAACCACGAGAAGAUCAAGAAGUUCGUGUCAACUACUGACUGCGGGCCAGGCAAGAGACAGACACUCAAGAAAGCUGAACAUCGAGAAGUGGAAUAAGCUUUAAAGAAAUAGGCAUGCACCAAUUUCAGGAACCAUGUUGGC